AUAGCAUUGUCAAAUUGACAUUAAAUUCAUAGAUCAUAUCAUAUAUCAUAAUUAAUUUAUUAUACUCUACUGUAUUAUAUUUAUUGAUAAUUUAAUAUAUAAAUGUGGAAAAGACAGCAGAACUAUUAGUUCUUUUGAACCUGAAACAUGAAAAUGAUUUCUUCAACACUGACAAUAAAUAAGCUGUCAACCUAAAAAGGCAAGUGUUGUGAGUUAUUUUGAAUUACUUGUGUUAUUAUAAUUUAUUUUGCUUGGAAAAUUCUGAUUUUGAAUUUGGACAAGACAAGCAGAUAGAAAUGGCUGCCUCAACUCAGCACAAUCUUGCAAACAUCAUAAAAACUAUCCACAAGAAAUUACGUGAAGAUUCAAAAAGUAUGGGCGCUGAGCAGGCCUGGGACAGGCACUUAAAGGACCAGGAAACUCUAGAUGAAUACUCAGCAACUAUGCAGGAGCUUGCCCUGAGUCACUGGGACAAGAAUUCCUUGAGUGACCAAAAAGUUGUGUCUAGAAUAGUGUGGACGUUCACAGCAUGUCAAGAUUAUUUUGAAAAUAUUGAUAAAUUCAGAAGAAAAGAGCUGGAUAUUGCGAAGAAUAAUUGCCAGGAUAAAGAGGCGAUACCAACAACAUCCAGUGGUGCGGAAAAGGCCCCGAAAUAUCGACUGCUGGAUGUCGGAAGUUGCUAUAAUCCAUUUAAAAUAUUUGAAAUAUUUGAAGUUGUCCCCUUGGACAUAGCCCCAGCCAGCAGUGAAGUCUUGCAUUGUGAUUUUACAAACGUAAAAGUAGGUGAUAAUUCAGUUAUAACUGGCAAUAGAGUAAAACAGCUGGAAAAGGAAUGGUUUGAUAUAGUGGUAUUGAGCUUAUUGCUGGAAUAUUUGCCAAGCCCUGAACAACGACUUAAAUGUUGUAUAACGGCAUAUAACCUGCUAAAGCCAGAAGGUGUUCUAGUAAUCGUAACUCCCGACUCAAAUCAUGUGGGAUCUAAUGCAAAAAUAUUUAAAUCCUGGCAAUAUGUCCUAGCCAGACAAGGAUUUGUUAGAGUUAAGUAUGAAAAGCUGCCUUACUUGCAUUGUAUGUUAUUUAGAAAAGCCCAGCUCAAAGUUGUAGCUGAAAGAUGGGCUACUGUGCAUGAGAGCAAAAAUUUCUAUAAACAGAUAUUUAUUCCUCAGGAUUUUACAGAAGCAAAAACUGUAAAAUCUACUGUAUGUAACAAAUUUUUAAAUCAGUGGGAGACUGACAAUUUUUUGGGAGAACUUGAUUGUAGCGUUGCAGAAUUAAUUUAAUAUUUUAAACAAUAUUCAAAUUUUUUAAAUGUUAAAAACAUAGGGCUUUCCACCAUCGCUUGCAACGUUGCUUUUACUUAGUUGCGUUGCUAGGUGCAUCUGGCAUCGUUAAUGUGAUUCAAUCACAAUAUUUUGCAUUUCAAAAGUUAGGUUAGUGACAGUCUUGCAUAAUGUAAAGAAAACUUUAAACAUGUAUUAAUUGGACCUUUUGCUAAGUAUUUAGACCUAAAUUUUACAUAGAUUUAUACAUAUUUUUACUAAUUUAUUUAAAUGCAAAGACUGUCACUACAAUUCUGAAAAAAGAAAUGAACUACAAAAUGUCA